UUUACGCGAUGGAGCGCACGUUUGAGAAAACUCUUUGCCUUGGAACUGCAAUUCCAUUUGCAGCGCUAAUAUUUAUGAUUUCUAUUCCUAACGCGAUGAUCCUCUUAACUCUGUACAAAAAUCCUCUUCGUUGCUUCAGGAAAACCUUCACGGUGUUUCUCGCGUUCAUAACGGCGACGGAUCUCUUUGUGGGAAGCGUGGUCUGCACUGCAGAAACCAUAACGCGAUUUUUGUGUUCUUUCAACGGAAAACACUUUCCGAGUGAAGGUGGCAUUCCCACACUCUUAGGGUAUAUUGGCAUCAACAGCUCCAUCCUUAUGGUAACUGCUAUGUCAGUGGAUCGAUUUGUAUCAGUAGUUUGCCCACACUUCUAUCUAAACAUGAUCAAACCGAAGAAACUUGUCUUGUGCAACUCAAUCAUUGUUAUUUUUUCUGCGAUUUUUGCCUGCCUCCAACUUGCUGGGAUUUCAAUGAAUGUGUAUAUUUCCAUAGAUAUACAUUUGCACACGACGCUUCCUCUAAUCACGACUAGUUUGUGGUAUCUAGGAAUAUUCUAUGCUUUGCGGAAGCGCGCACGAGUCGAUUUUCGAAGACGGGAGGCCAAUUCGACAAAUGCUUCUCUUUGCGACAUGCGAGCGAUAAAGCGUGCAAAAAGUGAACGAAAAUUUGUUACGACUUCGUUCUUAAUUUUGCUUUUCCUUAUCAUUUCCCUGGUUCCAUACUUUGCAUCGAUCCUUGCUGAGGCGAACUGUUCUAGUUGUCGAGGUCAGAAAUGGCUCAUCGUGCUGAAAGAAUCUUCAGUGGUGUUCUUAUUUCUAAAUUCCACCGUGAACCCGUUAUUGACAGCAUUUCGGAUCAACGAGUUGAAACAUUCCUUAACAAUUGUCAUCCGUGUGAAAAGACAGGAAGAUGUAAGCAGUCUUGGAAGUUCUAUCCUACAAAAAACAAUGAUGAACACAGCCCCCGUUUAACUGGCUAACUCUACAUUGUCCUUAAGGGUUCAUGAACGAAACAAUCAAAGGAACCCCAACCAGCCUUGUGGAUUCCAACCACAACGAGUUCUCAUUCCAUGGUUGUAUAAAUUACCAACUGUGCUAAAAACAGAAAACUCUUUAACAUGUUGUACCAUACACUAGGUUUAAAGCUAAUGCAGUUAAGUGUUCUAUAACCGCCGCGGUAAGGACCUCAGGCAAACUACGACGACGAUGGAAGGGAAAACUUGGCGAAACAAAAGCUUUUCAGGAGUAGAGCAGUAGCUCUGGGCGUGGUUUUUAAAGCUUUUUACUUUUACUGACCAUGCUUUACAAAAACAGCAACGUGAAAUGGCCAAAAUUUUCGGCGUUUCACUAUUUGGAAGUCAAUGCUGCUCACAAAUGCUACGCUUAGGCUGAGGAUCGUCGACAUCUGGCGCUGUUAGAGAUGGUAAACACAUUAAUCCAAUCGCGAAAUUCAUAAGAAAAGCAUUAAUUUAUUUUGCUUCCGCGACGAUGCUACCCUGUCUGUUUAAGGCUCUUAACGCCGAUUCUCUACCUAUUGCACUAUGCAGAACUCGAUUUGGCAGCGAGCAAGGCCAGGUGUAACUCAGUGACUCAAAGCGUAUAUGAUAAUUUGUUUCACCUGCUCGCGGGUCCGACUUUGCGAUUGAAUAUCACAUCGUGCAGAAUGCUAUUGUCUUUCGCGACUUGUAC